AGCCGGAGUGUUUGAGUAGUUGCAAACUAAUCUUUCUGUGGGGUCAGUGAGUCGUGUGUACAGUAGUGGUAGUUCUCACAUGGCUGCAGACGGUCGGAGCUGUGCACAGAGCAGAAGGUCCUGAACAGACUGGAGUAGAAUACCGCUCCGCAUUUCUUAUUUCUUGUGGCUUCAGUCCCGUUAGUUGACAUACGUGCUCCAUCCCAUGUUGUUCUCCGGGAGCCCAAAGCUAAAGGAAUAAUCGAAACCCAGCUGGUUUAUUUCGAUCAAACACUGCUUAAAGAUGCGGUUAUUGGCUGCUGUUUAAGAGGAGCUGAAGAUCCCAAGAGCGCGUAUCGAUGUUAUCCUCAGCAACAAAGAUAUUAUAGUCAUUUAUCUUGGACAGAGCCAAGCAAGGUGUCAGGAAUGCACCCUGUCCUUUUGCUAGCUGGACUGAUUCUGGCUCUGUCCAUCCCUGACACUGUGUCUGAGUCGGCCACGCUGCAUUUCCUGGGCCAGACUGACUUUGUUGUCAACGAGAGCAACUCGUCUGUGGUCCGUCUGGUUGUGGAGAGAGUGGGAGACCCAAUAAAUGUAACAGCUUUGGUUCUGCUUGAAGGAGUUGAUACAGGGGAUUUUCAUGGUACCAGUGCAGCUGUCUUCCUGCUGUCUACUGAGUCCAGUAAGACCAUCUUCCUUACUGUAAAAGAUGACGACUUACCUGAAGCAGAUGAGACAUUUACCUUUAACCUUACGAUUCAGAGCUCUUCAAAUGGUGUUACACUGGGGACACCGAACAAGGCAACAAUCACCAUUCUGUCCAAUGACAAUGCCUUUGGAAUCAUUGCCUUCAACUCAACUGAAGAAAUUGUUGUCAGUGAACCAAGAGGAGGAAGCCAUUAUGUGCCUUUGACCCUGAUUAGAGAAAAGGGAACAUAUGGCACCGUGACCGUGAACUUUGAGAUUUCUGGGGGUCCCAACCCUGCCAUUGAGGACCUCAGUCCAGACAGAGGGAACAUCACUAUUCCUGUCGGACAGUCUGUUGUGCAGUUCAGUAUUCGCAUUAAGGAUGACCAGAUUCCUGAGGAUGAUGAGGUGUUUUCAGUCAAACUGACAGAUGUGGCAGGCGGAGCCCUCCUCAGGCCCAAUGCCAGUAGUGUCCAGCUGAGAAUUCAACGGAAUGACAGCCCACUGCGCUUCUCCCAUUCCAUCAUGGCAGUACCAGAGUCUGCUGGAGUGAUUGCCCUUAAUGUGACCCGUGGUCGGUUGACUGAGGAUGGGCCACUUGUUGGCUCUGUUGACACAGAGGUCUCUGUAAUUUACAUGGUGGUAAGCAAUGGAGGAUCAGGCAGCGCCACACCAGCUGAUGAUUUCCAUGACCUACAGCAGGUCACAACAGUGACCUUUCCUCCAUUUGUCUACCAGACCAGCCUAUUCUUUAACAUCAGUGAUGAUUCAGUGCCAGAAAUUGCAGAAUCCUUUCAUGUAGUGCUGCUGGAGGAGACCAUCAGAGGCGAUGCAGUACUAGUAACACCCAUUUCUGUGCAAGUGACCAUCGAGCCAAAUGAUAAACCUCACGGUGUUCUGUCAAUCAGCAGCAGUGCAGUAAUUCAACCAUUCAGCAUCAAUGAAGACCUCACACAGAGAUUUGAAGGCAUCAUUAUUGUGCGAAAUGGAGGCAGCUAUGGGAAUGUGUCGGCCAAAUGGACCAUAAGUAGAAACUCCACUGACAACAUGCCAGUAUCAGAUGAUCUGUCGCCAGACUCUGGGACUGUAAAGUUUUCUGCUGGCCAGGUUACCGCUGUAAUUCCUUUAAACAUUGUGGAAGAUGAUCUCCCUGAAGAGGCAGAGGCGUUUGUUCUCAAGCUGCUGCCAGACACUGUAACUGGGGGUGCAGAAGUCGACGAACCCAUGGAGUUGGUGCUCUACAUUCAAGACAGCGAUGAUGUCUAUGGUCUUUUUCGAUUUGAUUCAGAAAAAGGGCAAAGCAUCCAGAGCCUACCUGAGGGCCGAUUCCUAUCACUAAACUUCUUGCGGGAUGGUGGUACUCUGGGAGAUGUGUCCAUGACUCUUACAGCCCUCUACAUUCCUGCUGGUCCUAUUGACCCAGCAUUGGCCCGUGACCAGAUCCUGAAUGUUAGCAGGACCGUUAAUGUAGUGUUUUCCCGUGAGCGUGAGGCACACGUGAUACUGCCAAUCAGGAAUGAUGCUUUUCUGCAAAACGGAGCUCAUUUUUUAAUAGAGUUGAAUUCACUGGAGCUGGUUGAUAUCAGCCCCCCUAUUCCUUCAAACAGCCCGAGGUUUGGGGGACCCCUCAACCUGACCCUGACUGUAACAUCGGACAUUGCUAAUGGUGAAAUUGUUACCAAUAACACCACAGUAGUACUUUAUGAGCCAGAGGACAGCAAUAGCAGCAUGGUGACCCUUCCUCUGCGAAGGGAUGGGACAGAUGGUCAAGCUGAAGUGUUCUGGAGUCUCCACCCAAUUGGUGCCAAUCAUAUGGAUGUUACUACUAAUGACCUGGAACCUUUUAGUGGCUCUGUUGUCUUCCUCUCUGGAGAGAGCGAUGCUUCCAUCAACCUCACUGUAUUGGCUGAUGAUAUCCCAGAAGUCAACGAGACCUUACUGCUCACUUUGGAUAGGAGUAAUGUCGAAAACCAGAUCCUUAAAGCUGGAUUCACCAGUCGAGAGAUUGUCAUCAUGGAGAAUGAUGAUCCAGGGGGAGUGUUUGAAUUCGCCCAGUUCUCUAGAGGUCCUUGGACAAUGAAUGAGGGCGAGGCCGUGGAGCUGCACGUGGUCAGGGCUCAAGGACAGCUACUGACACAGCUGAUCCGAUAUUCACUCGUACCAUCAGGCAGUGCUGAGUUCUAUGGCGCUACAGGCAUCUUGGAGUUUAGACCAGGGGAGAGAGAGGUGGUGGUUGCACUGGUGGCAAAGCCUGAUGGAGUGCCUGAGCUGGAUGAAACUUUCUCUGUAGUACUCUCCAGUCAUAGCACUCCACCCAGUCGCCUUGGCAACCACAGGGUGGCCAACAUCACUGUGAGGAGGAACGAUGACCCGUUUGGGGUCAUUGAGUUCAUCCAAUCAGAACUGACAAUGGCCAUUAACGAGAGUAAAGGGAACAAGACACACUUGGCAACAUACCCUGUAGUAAGAAAUAGGGGUACCUUCAGAGAAGUAUCUGUUUCCUGGAUUCUGGAGCCAAGCUUGUCUGGAGACGUCAGCCCAGUCCAGGGAAACAUCACCUUUUUGGAAGGAGAAUAUCUGAAAAACCUCACUCUUUCUUCUGUACCUGAUGAGAUCCCAGAAGACAUAGAGAAUUUCACCAUCACCCUGGUAAAUGCUACAGGUGGAGCAAGAUUGGGAAACAAACUCAAUGCCAGCCUACAGAUUAAUAAGAAUGAUGACCCCAUUUAUUUUCUAGAACCUGUGGUCGUGCGACUUCAGGAAGGGGGAGUGGCCAACUUUACCGUUCUGAGGGCAGGGCGGGCAGAUUUCGUUGCCACAGUGAUGUACCGGGUGGAGUACGGCGACGCGUCACCGGGUGACCUGACCCUGCUGAGUAACGACACAUUACUGGUGUACGAUGUGGGCGAAUGGAUGAAGAACAUCUCUGUGGCCGUGGAAGAUGACGACAUACCUGAGACGGAUGAACCCUUUUACCUUGUUCUGUACAAUGCCACGGGUGAUGCUGUUGUGUAUGGAGCAGACACAGCCACUGUGGUGAUUGAGGCCAAUGAUGAUGCCAAUGGGAUUUUCUCUCUGGAAUCGGUAGAGAAGCCUGUCGAGGAGGGCAGGACAAAUAAUUUCUAUGUCCUUCGUGCAAGGGGCCACUUCGGUAACGUGACAGUCUUCUGGCAGUUGUAUGCCAAUGACUCUGUGACUCCCUUGGAGGAAAACCAGGAGUUUACAAAUACAUCUGGCUCCAUCACCUUCACCACAGGUGAUGAGAAGAAACCUAUUGUCCUGGAGGCCAUCUCAGACAAACUUCCAGAGUUCAUUGAGUUCUAUAUCCUCAGGCUGGUCAAUAUCUCAGGUGGUACCCAGGGAUGGUGGACAGCUGGCUAACACUUCUCUGAUGCCUCGGUACUCAUCCCUUUCAACGAUGACCCAUUUGGCGUCUUUGCCAUUGCUGACAACAACCUGGACCAAGAGGUAGCUGAAGAUGUACUCUCAGAGGAUGAUACGUCUGACGUCACUUCCUUCACUAUCCUUCGACAGCAGGGUACUUUUGGUGAUGUGCGAGUUGCCUGGGAGAUUGUUUCUGGCCGCUUCCCUGAAGGCCUUCCACUGAUGGAUGACCUGCUCCUUCUAGCCUCUUUCCCAGAUGAGGUUGAGCGCAGGCCUCAUGCCAGAAGACACCACUCAGGCACAGACACAUGGUUUUUCUCUGGGUCUCCAGGAGCUUAUGGGAUCAUCUCCCCUGAAGAUGGGCCUGCUUCCCUGGGCAACUUCACCUUCUCUGCUUGGCUAGUACCCAGACCAGACACUAAUGGCUUCAUAGUGUCCAAAGGCACCAUGAAUGGAACCUUGUAUUAUGGAGUGAAAGUUCACACCAAUGAGUCUCAUGUUACAGUGAUGCUUUACUAUACAGUUAUAGGGUCAAACAAUACCCAGGUGGCCCAAGCCACUGCUGAGAAGUUUGUGUUGGACAAUACAUGGUUACAUAUCAUCAUCACAGUGGAUGACGGGAUUAUUGAGUUCUUCCUGGAUGGGAGCCCUAUUCCUGGAGGGUUGAAGAGCAUCAAAGGAGAGGGCAUCACAGAUGGACCUGCUUCAGUAUUCAUCGGGUCAGAUCCUGAGGGUAAACAACUCUACACGGGCCUUCUCCAGGAUGUUCGUUUUGUACGGAACAAGCUUGAGCGCAGCCACAUCCAUGAGCUUCACACCCAGCCUGCUAAGACAGAUCUACGAAAUGUCUCAGGUUACCUACUGUACCGGCAGGAUGAGAGGCAGAAGUCAUUUGUGGUGGAAGUCAGGGAUGAUGAUGAGGAGGAGGGAGAGGAAGUGUUUUAUCUACAACUGGUGGCCGUGCAUGGUGGAGCCCGUCUGCCCCUCCCCAGACCCACUGCCACUUUGAGAGUUAUGAAAAGUGACAAUGCCAAUGGGCUGUUUGGAUUCACCGGUGGCUGUAUACCCGAUACCACAGAUGAGGGCUCCACUAUCUCUUGUGUAAUUGAGCGUAUGCGUGGAUCGCUGGACUGUUACGUCAACUACAAUGUAACCCAGAUGGAUAGCCCGGACAAUGAGACUCCAGCUCACGAAGAUUUUGUUAAUGCCACUGGAGCUGUGCUUUUCAUGCCGGGACAGCGCUCUGAGGUACUGAACCUGGUGGUGUUGGAUGAUAACCUCCCAGAACUGGCAGAGUCCUUUCAGAUCACGUUGGUGUCUGCUGAGUCUGGUGAUGGGAAGCCAGGCUCCACCCCUACGAGUGGCGCAAGCAUUGACUCCAAUAACUCUGUUAACACUGUCACUGUAACGGCAAGUGACCACCCCUAUGGCCUGCUGCAGUUUCAGCCCACACUCCCAGGUGAAGGCUUAAUAUCUCCAGCAUUGGAACCUGCUCAUAUCACUGUCAAUGAAGAAGAUGGACAAGUCCGUCUGGCAGUGGCCAGAGCCCAGGGUCUGUUGGGCAAGGUGAUGGUAGGCUACAGGACAACCCCCUUUACAGCGUCAAGCCCUGAGGACUAUGAGGAUUCAGAUGGCCUUCUGGACUUUCUACAAGGCGAGAGGUUGAAGUUCAUUACUGUGACCAUUGUAGACAAUCCUGUGCCUGAGCUGGACAAGAUUUUUAGAGUGGAGCUCUUCGAUGCAGGUGGAGGAGUGGAUCAGUUUCUGCAUAGUGAAGGAAGUGGUAGUGGAGAGAGUGACUCUGACUUUCUUCUUCCAUCCUAUCACCAUCGUGCCAGCUUGGGAGUUGCAUCACACAUCACAGUGACAAUUGCUGCCUCUGAUGAUGCACAUGGAGUGUUCGAGUUCAGUCCUGAUUCUCUGUCUGUUGAUGGGACAGAACCUGAAGAUGGCCGCAGCUCUGUGUUCCUACAGGUGGAUCGGUCCUUUGGUGACCUUUCCAAUGUCACUGUCUACUGGGAGGUUGAUCCCAGUUCAGAGGGUGAGCUCGUCAGCAGUUCUGGAAAUAUUACUUUUGGUGUAGGUCACACAACAGAAAACAUCAUCAUCGAUGUGGCCCAGGAUGAGAUCCCUGAGCUUGACAGGACCUUCAGUGUGUCUUUGGUUAACGUCUCCAAUGGCCGCCUGGGUGUCCAGACAUCUGCUACCCUGACUGUCCUCGCCAGCGAUGAUCCUUAUGGUGUUUUUGUAUUUGCUAAUGUAACAAGGCCAGUCCGUCUCCCUGAAGCAGACUCAUCUGUCAGCCUUACAAUCCUACGACAGAGAGGACUGAUGGGGGAGGUGCGUGUCACAUAUGGGACACUAACUGAAGCAGACCCAGCUCCUUACAGAACUCCUGGGGUGGGACGAGCCACUGAGGGACGGGAUUUUGUUCCACUUUUAGAUUCUGUUGUGUUCUUGGCCAAUCAGAGUGAAGCGAACAUCACUCUACGAGUACUUGAUGAUGAGGAUCCAGAGAGAGAUGAGUCAGUGUUCGUGAAGCUGAUCAGUGUUCAGCUCAUCAGAGGAGAGCAGGACAGACUUAUUUCCAAUUCCCCGUCUCUGGGCUCCAGGACUGACACUGUAGCCCAGGUAGUAGUGGAGGCCAGUGAUGAUGCUUUUGGGGUCCUCCAGCUGUCAGCUUCUGCUGUCAGUGUGACCGAGCACUACGUUGGUCCAAUAAUAAAUGUCACUCGCGUUGGAGGGAUUUUUGCUGAUGUGUCUGUCAAGUUCAGAGCAAUACCUAUAACUGCCAGAAUCAGUGAAGACUACAGUGUAGCAUCCACUGAUGUUGUCCUACUAGAAGGGGAGUCCAGUAAAUCUAUACCCGUCUAUGUCAUUAACGACUUGGUCCCUGAGCUGGAGGAGACCUUUCGCAUUGAACUGAUCAAUCAGACCACAGGAGGAGCUCUCCUCGGUGACCUCACACGUGCCAUUAUCACCAUAUUGCCUUCUGACGACCCUUUUGGUGCCUUCGUCUUCCAGGCUGAUCCAGUGACUAUAGAAGAACCAGGGGCUAACUCUAUUGAGGUCACUCUACCAAUAGUUCGUAAUGCUGGGACUAUUGGUACAGUGGUUGUGCACUGGCAGGCUACUGUCAAUGGUAAAUUAGCAGUUGGGGACAUCAGACCCACAUCUGGUGAGAUGAAGUUUGCCCCUGGAGAGACAAUAAAGACUCUGAGAGUGGAGGUUUUAGCAGAUGAUGUACCUGAAAUCACUGAGAUAAUCAAAGUGGAGCUCACUGGUGCCAGUAAUGGGGGAAACCUUGGAUCCGACACAUCUGUUAAUAUUAUAGUGCCUGCCAAUGACAACCCAUAUGGGACAGUCUACUUUGAACAGUCUGUUUACCGCAUUCAGGAGCCCUUGGAGGGAGUUUAUAGUGCCAACAUUUCUGUGCGCAGAAGAGGGGGUCACUUUGGUCGAUUGGAGAUCCUCUACAGCACCUUCGAGAUUGACAUUGUUGGCUCUGCUCAAGCUGAUGGCCAAAACCUGCUGAUGUACUAUGAUCCCCCCAAGCCAGGUGUUCCAUCCACUGGCCCUGAUAGGACAGUGAACAUCACGGGUCAGAGUGACCCACUGGCUGCAUGUGCAGCUGCUUGUCUAAGAGAGCGAGCCUGCCAAGCCUUUUCUCUGUCAUCAGGCGUGUCGCCACCAUCCUGCACUUGGGUGACUUCGGUUGCUGAAGAGUUGACACCUGGUUCUCAGGUCAUGACUUAUGUGAAAAAUGUCACUGCAGCUGCUGUUCUCUUCAGUGCCCAGGCUGUGGCAGGGAGUGAUUACAACCCUGUGACUGCUCAAAGUGCAUUCAUGGAGGACGGGUCAGGGAUCGCCAACCUCACAGUGCCAAUCCUGACUGAUAAGUUCCCUGAAAUGGAUGAAAGCUUUUCUAUACAGAUUCUAAAGGUAGAGCUGAUGAAUCUUACUGUGGAACAAAAGAAUCUGCCCUCCAUUGGUCAGCCAGACAAAGCUGUGGUCACCAUAGGGAUGAAUGGAGAUGCAUUUGGCGUGUUUGUGAUAUAUAUUCUCAGUCCCAAUGCCACUAAUGAAGGACUCUACCUAGAAGUACGAGAGGAGCCUAUGGUUGUUGUACCUCUGGUUAUAGAGAGGCGUGGAGGGAAUCUGGGGACAGUCAGUGUGGAGUGGAGAUUUGUAGGGGGAAAAGCCACACCAGGUGAUGACUUCACUGGCACUGGAGGGACUCUGGUGUUUGAUGGUGAUCUGAAAAAGACAAUAGAGAUAGUAAUCAGAGAUGAUAUUGAGCCAGAGGACAACGAGAGCCUCAUGAUCGGCCUUGUUAAUACAGAGGGAGGGAGUCGAAUCCUGCCCAGCUCAGACACUGUAACCAUAGAGAUACUGGCCAACGAUAACGUGGCUGGGAUCGUGGGAUUUCAUCCAAACUCACGCUCUGUCGUCGCCAGAGAGGGUGAGAGACUAUCCUUAUUAGUGGUGAGGACAGUUCCAGGUCUGGGAAAUGUCACCUUGAGCUGGUCUGUCAAAGGACCCAGAGUGGACCGAACAUUCACCCAAACCUCUGGGACACUUUUCUUCACUGAGGGACAGCUGAAUAAAACAGUAAUCCUGCAGCUUCUUGAUGAUGCCACACCAGAGGACAAAGAUGAAUACAGGGUAUCCCUGUCCGGCAUUCAAACUUUUGGUGUUGUGGCGACAGGUCAUGCUGCUUUGGAUGUUCAGGGCAGUGAGGCAGUGAUUAGUGUUGAUACCAGUGAUGAGCCUUUUGGAAUGUUGACCAUAGCACCGUCAUCUGUCAAGGUGACCGCAGAGGAACGUGAGCAUGUUAUAAACAUCUAUGUCAACAGGGAGUUUGGAGCCUCAGGGGCUGUGAACAUCUCUUAUGAGAUCCUGAGAGGUUCUCUCCAGAACUUGUCCCAGGUAGAGGGUGCAUUAGCUGACCCGGGGAAAGACUUCAUUGCUGGAGUUGGAUUUGUAAUCCUUCAAGAUGGACAGACUUCUGUAGCCAUCCCUGUCACCAUACUCGAUGACGACAUUCCAGAGUUACAGGAGUUUUUCUUGGUCAACAUAACAUCAGCGGUCCUCAUCACAACUCUCGCCACUGUUCCUGAACUGGAAGUUGCGUAUUGCACAUUGCCAGAUGUUCAAGGUUUGGUGGCUGAGAUUACCAUUGCAGCAAAUGAUGGCAUAAGGGGAGUCAUUGAAUGGACAAACACUAGGUUUGAAGUGAAUGAAUCAUUAGGGGUGCUGACUCUAGUCGCCUACAGGAACAAAGGGACAUAUGGAAAUGUCUCUCUCUUCUUCUAUGCUCAGAACCUGGAAGCUCAGCUAGGACUGGACUACAACACCAGUGAAACGAUGCUGCAUUUUGUUGAUGGUGAGAGGCAUAAGUUUGUAGAAGUGCAGAUCAUCGAUGAUGCCAUUCCAGAGGGAGCUGAAAGAUUCCAGCUGAUUCUGUCCGAACCAUCAAAAGGGCUGGAACUGGGCACCAAUACCACAGCAACUGUGAACAUCCUGGCCAGUGAUGAUGGGCAUGGUGUCAUUUCCUUUAAUACCAGUGAACACUUCUUGCUGAAGGAGCCCACAUCAGUGUCUGGGCUGAGUGAGAGUGUGGCCACGCUGUUUGUUGUUCGAAACCCUGAGGAAGGCACAUUUGGUACCGUAACUGUUCAGUUUACCAUCACUGAUUCCAAUGGCAGCCUAGCAGAGGGUGACCUGAGGCCAGCUCAAGGGUUUGUGGUUCUGGAAGAUGGAGUGAGGUUUAAGAUGCUGGAGAUUUGGGCAGUGUUGGAUGCUGAGCCUGAAGCAAAUGAAACUUUCACAUUGACCCUGUCCAGUCCAACCGGAGGCGCUAGACUUGGGGACCAACUCGACAUACUCAUCACUGUCCUGGAGAACCUUGCUCCAUCUGGCUUAUUCCGCAUUGUACCCUCUCUCAACAGAACUAACACAGAAGUGGUGGCUGAUGAAGGUGGCAGAACAGUCUUCCUCACCGUGUCUCGAAGCAAUGGUCUCGAUUCAUCUGUCAGCGUGGAGUGGGAAACAGAAUCUGACACAGCUAUAGCCUCUGAGGGUCCUGUGUCUGUGAUGGGUGUGUAUCAGAGCUUUGAGGACAAACCCACCUCUGCUUGGUGCUCCCUCCCUGAAAAACAGUCGCUCUUGGCUAUGAGGCUGGAUAGGAAACCUGCCAUUGGAUCCUCCUACACAUUGGCAACUCUUUAUCGAUGGCAGGGUGUUUAUGUGCCAGUAGAGUCUGUUAGGAUUCAGAACCCAAGCUCUUGUGUUGGGUUUGCACUUAAUGGCUCCACCUAUGUCGGCAUCACACACAGUGGGCCUCCCUUUAGCCCUGCUGCCAACCUCAGCAUCUUUAAACUGCAGAUGGGCCAUAAUAUCACACUGGAACAAACCUUAGGUGUUGAAGCAUUGGAUGUGAAACACUUUUCCACUGAAGGCAGAGAUUACCUAAUAGCAUCAAGUCAGAUUUUUGUUUGGAACGGAGGCACCUUCGCUCUCUUGCAAACCCUCGACUUCGAGCAGAACAUCCUCGGUGUGACUGUCUUCACUCAAGCAUCUGUUCCAUACGUGGUGGUUUGCACUGACAACCCCACUACCAGCUGCUUUCUCCUACAGUGGACCAGUGGAAGAUUUCAGAAUCCACAGCCCCUCCCACUCAGCGGCAGAGCCAUUCAGGUGGAGACAAUCCACACAAUGGCAGAGGACACUCUCCUUCUAAUUCUUAUUGAAGAUCUCUCUCCAUCCUGUGAGGUGUUACAGUGGAGUUCAGGGACGCCUUCACCACAGCCGUCUCAGUCCAUUCCUCACCCCGACCUCACCUCUAUUCAUCCCUUCAGUGAUCCUUCAGGAAUGACUUAUGUACUGCUUGCUGGAAGAAAUGGCUCAUCACUCUACUCAUGGAGGUCUGAUGUCAACCUGUUGACCAUGAUCCUGAGAGCCCCUCCGGCCGUUAGCUUUCUUUCUUUUACAGUCCCCUCCCUCAAAACCAACAAGACUCUGCUGGCCUCUGCUGAAGACAAUAGCUCUACUGUUUAUGAAUUCACUUCAGUCUCUAACCAGUCCGACUUCAUCCCCAGUUUUGGGGAGUUGUUCUUUACACCUGGUGACAGUGAGCUGGAAAUAGCAGUGAAUGUGAUAGAUGAUGACAUCCCUGAGGUAGAGGAGCGCUUCCAUGUUAGCCUGAAGAAUCCAAAGGGUGGAGCUGAGAUAGGAUUUGGUGGUCAGGUGACUGUCAUUGUCCCAACCAACGAUGAUGCACAUGGAGUCAUCGGCUUUGCACCGAAUUCCCUGUACAUGGAGGUUGAAGAGUUGCUGCAGAAUAAUCAAAUUUCUCUUAUUGUGGAGAGGAGAAGAGGUACUUUUGGCAGACUGACUGUUCACUGGGCUGCUAAUGGCAGUCUAACAGACAUUUAUCCCACUUCAGGAGUGGUCACGUUUUCACAGGGCCAAACCAUAGCCAUCAUCUCACUGGCUGUGAUAGCAGAUGGUGUGGCAGAGCUGAGCGAGAGCGUCACUAUCACUGUCAUUGAUGUUACAACUGUGGGGCUGCAGGACCUAAAAAAGGCUGCAGUCAUUGACAAGCAGCGGGCACAAGCUCUACUCACGAUCCUACCAAAUGGUUCUCCCUACGGGGUCAUUGGAUGGCAUCUGGACACCCAGUUUACUCUAGCAAAUGAACCACAGAAGGCUCCAAUCAAUGUGACGCUUACUUUAGUGAGAGAGCAGGGCUUCUCAGGCGAUGUAGCAGUCCACUACCAAACAAGGCCUGCCCUUUAUCAGCCACCAUCCAACCAGGCCACCGCAGGAGAAGACUACACUCCCAAAACUGACACCAUCGUCUUGAUAGACAGUGCGCCUGUCGCCUUCAUCACUGUCACAAUUCUGCCAGAUGACAUCCCAGAGCUGGCAGAGAGUUUCCUGGUAAAUAUCACCAGUGUAGAGCUCAUUAGAGGGUCAGUUGGAGCAGGUCAGCCCACUUUGAAAAGACCUGGUAUGGAAGUAGCAGAGGUUACCAUCCAGGAGAAUGACGACCCCCGAGGGAUUCUGCAGCUCAAUAUAUCUGAGGAUACUGUACUGGCCUAUGAGAUAGCACCACCAGACAACGUCCUCCAUUUGUCUGUGGUGCGACUGGCUGGUACAACUGGAAGGCUGGUCGUCUACUGGGAGGCUCAGACAGUUACAGCUGAUCUCAAUGAUUUCAGCCCUAUCUCAGGGAAUAUCACCUUUCAAGAUGGCCAGGAUGAGGGGAUUAUUGCCAUCACCAUCGUGGAUGAUGAGCUGGUGGAGACUGCAGAGACCUUCACAGUAAAUUUGCUCCGUGUGAUCGGGGGUGCUCGGCUCGGAGAUGUUACCUCUGUCGCUGUUAAUAUUCCUCCUAAUGACUCACCACUUGGACGAUUUGGAUUUCAAAACCUGGAGUUUACGAUCAGUGAGCCAGAAUUUGAGGAUGAUCCUGAGUCCGUGGCAACGCUGACAGUGCAGCGUAGUCCCAGAGGUGUAGGAGCAGUGACACUGGCAUGGCAGCUAGAAGAAAAAGCAACCAAAGACCUCUCACCUUUCAACGGAACCAUAGUUUUUACUGAGAAUGACUCCAUGAAGACAUUUGUGAUUAGAGCCCUCGCUGACACCAUUCUGGAAGGAGAUGAGCACUACACUGUCCGUCUGUUUCCUGCUGAGAGUGGUGCUGUCAUUGAUCCCUUAAGUGGCUUGGCCACCAUCACCAUCCGGGCAGAAAAAUCUGCUUUAGGGAUUAUUGGAAUUGCCGAAUCCUCCAGAAGGAUCAUCAUGGGAGAACCCCAGGGGGAUUAUAAUGGGAGUGCAGUGGUCAGUCUUGUGCGAGGUCCAGGUGUGUUUGGGGAGGUUCAAGUCUAUUGGAAUAUCACUCCAGCUGUGCCAUCUGUGUUUGUGGAGGUUUCUGGCACUGUGACUAUAAAAGACAGACAGUCAGAUGCCACCAUUAUUUUGAGGGCUGUAGAUGAUGAACUCCCAGAGGAGCGUCGUGAGUACCAGCUUACACUGACCUCUGCCACUAUCGGACUGGAUGUCAGCCCCACAGCUCAACAUGCUACAAUUACUAUGGCAGCCAGUGAUAACCCCCAUGGCCUGUUUUCAUUCACCCAAAACCAGAUCACAGCAAAUGAGGAUCAGGGAAUGGUGAAUGUAACAGUGAACAGAUCCUUGGGUAGUCUUGGCAGUGUGUGGGUGACCUAUGAAACCUCUGGCAGCACAGCAGUCAGCACAGAGGAUUUUACUCCAGCUUUAGGACGACUGCUGUUCACCCCAGGCCAGACCUCACAACAAAUCACUUUGCUUAUUCAUGACGACAGCCUUCCAGAGGGUCCUGAGGAGUUUUUCCUCAACAUCACUGAAGUGGAGCUUGUCAAUGUCAGUGAUGUGGACUACACAGUGAGAGAGUCAGGUCUCCAGUUGGAUCAGCCUCCCGAGAUUGGCAUCAUCUCCUCUUUGUCUGUAAUCAUUUUAACGAAUGACAACGCUGAAGGAAUCCUGGAAUUCGACCAGGGCUAUGUCAACAUUACAGUUGAGGAAGAUAUUGGCUCGCUAUUGAUUCCAGUGGUCAGGAAAGUUGGCUCAUAUGGAACGGUUUCUGCUCGGUACUUUUCUAGAGGCCUGAGUGCGACCCCUAAUGUGGACUACAUCUUGUCUAAUGGCUCAAUGACAUUUAUCCAUGGACAGAACACCAGAUACAUUAAUGUCACUAUUCUAGAUGACCUAGAAAGUGAAUAUGCCGAGAUUUUUGAGGUCCUGCUGUUUGGAGCGACGGGGGGAGCAGUUCUCGGUGCUCAACAUGUUACCUGGGUAACCAUUGCCAAGAGUGACUCUCCAAGUGGAGUGGUGCGAUUUGUCAAUGAGAGCCUAAUCACUGUCAUCAACCCAAACUCCACUCUCAAAAUCAGCCUUGUUUUGGAGAGAGCAGGAGGCCUAGUGGGUGAUGCAAUGGUUGCUUGGAUCAUUCGGGGUCCGAACAGCAGAGAUGUCCUUCCUCCAUCCAACACAGACAUUAAGGAGCCUGUGAAUGGUUCCUUCUUUUUCAUGGACGGAGAGGAAGGUACACGCACCAUAGAGCUGCGGAUUCUUCCCCAUGGGGAGGUGGAGGUGGAGGAGACAUUUGUUGUAGAGCUCAGCAUUCUGUCUGGAGACAUGGAUGUAGAUUCUCAGGCUGGAGCUGUAACACUGAAGAUUGAGAAGUUUGGUGACCCAAAUGGGAUAGUGCAGUUUACUGAAGAUGCUCUCAAAGAACGUGUCUACAAUGAAUCCACAGAGACAGAGGGCCCACACAAUAUAUCCUUGUUGAUUACACGCAGAGAGGGUGUCAUGGGGAACAUUACGGUCCACUGGCAGAUAAAAAGUAGCGACGAUAUAGCAGGGGACUUCUUAGCUUUGGCUGGCUCAGUGAUCAUCCUUGAAGGCCAAAGGGAAGCAGAAAUUGUUCUCAGCCUGAUGCCAGACACAGUGCCAGAGCUUGAGGAGCUGUAUAUUGUCCAGCUCACAGCUGUGGAGGGGGGUGCCACCUUGGAUGCCAACCCAAAUUUAAUCAGCACACGCAUCAGGGUGCGAGCCAAUGAUGAGCCCCAUGGUGUCUUUACCCUGAACCCUGAGCAACAGUCGAUAGAAGUAGAGGGGUCAGGGUCAGAGGUCAGAAGAGUCCUGAUAAUGAAUGUGACACGACUCGCUGGGCUGUUUGGCAAUGCCAGUGUGGGCUACAGGAUCAGAGGAGCCAUAGAUGAAGUGAUGGACAUUGAUCAGAUACUGGGAGGACAAGCUGAGGGAAGGGUGCUGUUGAGAGAUGGAGAGGCCUUUGUUACAGUGACUGUGCCCAUCAGCAACCAGGUGUUUUUGUUAGUGGGUGAGAGCUUCACAGCAGAGUUGACUGAUGUGAGACUAGAGAGUCCACUCCAAGGCUCUCCACCUCGACUCCAUUAUGAGUCCAGCGUUGCUGCGGUGACUGUACCAGAAGAAGCUGCCAGCUCUGAGGUUGGGUUUGCCUCUGUAGCUCUGAAGGUUUCCAAUAUAGAAACUGGUGCUUGUGAGGCAGCGGUAACACGAACUGGGCUGUUUGGGGACAUCACGGUGCAAUGGAAAGUUGGGUAUCCUUCAGGUCAGACCCCCCCUGGGUUCAGCCUAGGAGCUGUCAUCCCAAGCACAGGUUCACUGACAUUUGUUCAUGGAGAAAGAACUAAACCAAUAAAUUUAACAGCCAUCGCUGAUACAUUGGAACCGGCCGCCUAUGCUGUACACCUCACUGCUGCCACCUCCAGUUCUGCAGCUGCCGGUUCUGUGAAACUCAGGUCAGGAUUCACUGUAGCUGAAGUGGAACCCCUGGGGAUUUACCAAUUUGCUCCUGAUUCCCGUCAACUUGUCAUUGCAGAGGACAUCCAAACUAUAACACUUUACAUCCAGAGACUUUAUGGUUCCCGUAGCAACAAGACUCAUUUGUCCUAUACAACAGUUACAGGCAGCGCAACAGCAGGACAGGACUUUAUUGCUGUCCCAGAUGGACGCUUGGUCUUCGACUCCCCUCGCCAAACUAACGCUUCUUUCCACAUUUCAAUCCUUGAUGACUCCCUUUCAGAGCCUGAGGAGUACUUCCAUGUCAACCUUACAGAUGUUAAUAUUCCAAUACUGGACACAUUAUGGUCAGAUACGCCUCCCCGUCUUAACCCUCAGCACAGCCAGGCUAAUAUUACCAUCCAGGCUAGUGAUGUGACGGGUGGAGUGCUAAGUAUUGGGCCCGGUUUGGUCCAGGUAUCUGAGGACAGGGAGCAGGAGCGGAGGGUGGUUCUUAGGGUACGCAGGUCUGACAGCCUGGCUGGAUCUGUGAGGGUUCGGGUUCAAGCGUAUGGAGAUGGAAGCACAAGACCUCCACCCUUUACUCUGGAACCUGUUGGGGCCCUCGCAACAGAAGAACAGGACUUCCGGUUAGAGUCCACUAUCGUGUCCCUGCAGGCUGGUGAGAAUGAGGCGGAGGUUAUCCUCUUCAUCCUGGAUGAUGCAGAGCCUGAGGGACAGGAAGUAUUCUUCAUCUAUCUCAGUGAUCCUGAGGGAGGCGCACUCAUUACUGACCACCCAGACCAGGACUUUGGGGCUUUUGCCAAAAUCACCAUCCUUGGGAGUGACUUCCAUAAUGGUAUUAUUGGCUUUAGUCUUAACUCUCUAAUGGGCCAAGUUCUGGAUGAGGAUUCAGACAACAGAACUACUCUGCUUUACCUACAGAGACAAGAAAACAGAGCCUUUGAAGAUUUGCAGAUCUUCUGGAGAGCUACUUUCAGCAAAGCAUCUCAAACUCUUAUCAGUAAUGGAGUCAAUCUAACCAGAGAGCUGAUGCAGACCUCAGGGACUGUGCUGUGUAGGAAAGGAGAAAUAGUUUGUGCUUUCACUGUUGAAGUCCGGAAUGAUGAGGAACCAGAGUCCCAGGCGUGGUUUUUAGUGGAGAUUUAUCGUGUGGGUGACGGUGCUAGCAUUAAUGAGACCACCAGAGUUGCCAACAUCACCUUAGCAGAGAGUGAUAGUGAUAGCAUUAUGUACUUCGCUGUGGGUCAUAGACUUCCCAUUGCCACCUUGAAUAUGACAAGACUGAGUCUCCAGGUCAUCAGACGUGGCAGCACGAGUUCAGUCAUGACUGUACAUUAUCGCACUGUGGAGCUUCCAAGAGAAGAUGUAGUGGGGCCUUCAAUAAUCCGACCAGCUAAAGAAGGGAUGGAUUUUCCUAAACAGGAGGGCAUCCUGACCUUCAAUAUAAGCCACCGGGACACAUCAUUAGACAUUAUUUUGACCCCUGAAACUGCCUCAUCAUUGCCCACACCGAAGCGUUUCCAAGUGGAGCUCCAUACUGCUUCAGGCGGUGCCAGAGUGCAUCCUGUGUUUGGACGGGCUAAUGUGACUCUGGUGUCAAAUGCUCAAAGUUUGGCUAUAUGGACCUUACUGGACCAGUUACAUCAGGAUCUUGAUACAAAUGCGCUGGACGAUGUGUUACAAGAAUUGAUCGAUAAGGUCACUAAACCUCUCAGUCGUGAGCAGAUGACUGCUGUGCUUGACGCUUUGGGGAAGGUGCUGACAGAAGCAGAGAGAGUUCCAUUACACGAAAGUAGCCGAAAUUUGACCUAUGACCUCCUGUGUGCCUUGGUCAACCCCAGCAGAUCCGACACUCGAGGUCUCAACCACCUCGCAGAAGUGACAGAACGAUUUGCUUUCUCUCUUCUAACACAAAGCCAGUGUGAGAUAGUGGAUAGUGUCCUGGAUACAUGUCCAUACAUGUCCAUCUCUGCCUUCCAGUGGUAUCCCACACAGAUCAAUGGACACAAGGUUAGGGGUAGUAAUGGAGACUUCUUCCAGCUGCCGGACACUUUGCUGCCAGUUCCAGUUGGCCAUACUGUGGACUGUGGCAACCUCAGCCAGAUUCAGCUGACAGAGUACAGAACUGAACACUGGUUUCUCAAUGAUACAAGUACAGCACUCACUGGGAAGAUAUUCUCAGCCAGCCUGAAAGACAGAAGGUCACGACCUCUGGAUAAUGGUAAUGAGGUGGUGUAUCGCAUCCACACUACUGGAGAGCAAGUAAAAACAGGCCAAUCUCUGUGCCUUCUCUGGAACCAGACCACUGAAAGCUGGUUACCAGAUGGUCAGUACUGCAGGGUUGUGAAAGAGAGUGGGAACUAUGUGGAAUGUGCCUGCUCCCACUUGUCCAUAUACACAGCCUACGCAGAGUUUACCACUGUUGUUUCCUACAACGAGGUCUUCUAUGCCUCUGGAUUUAUUUGCAUCUCAGGCUUUGCAUUGGCCAUUUUAUCCCAUGUGCUGUGCUCCCGUUUCCCCAUGUUUGCUGCCAAACUGCUCGCUCACAUGAUGGUGAGCUGCCUUGGAACCCAGAUCUGCUUCUUGGUGUCAACUUUCCGAGGUCGGAUGUUUUCAGAGGACAGCUGUGCCGCUUUGGCGCUUUUCUCUCACUACUUCCACCUCAGUCAGUUUUUCUGGAUGCUCAUUCAGGCUGUGAACUUCUGGCAAGUGCUGGUGAUGAACGAUGAGCACACAGAGCGCCGAUACCUGGUCUACUUCCUGCUGGGCUGGGGCCUUCCAGUUUUAGUCAUCAUCGUGCUGGUUAUAGUCCUACUGGGCGGCUUCGGGUGGACCAUACACGCUGUAUACGGGCUGGUGCGAGGAGAUGUAUGUUUUAUCCCAAACAUCUAUGCAGCUUUGUGCACAGCCGUUCUGGUGCCUCUCAUCUGCCUGGUUGCAGUGGUGGUCAUUUUCAUCCACGCCUACCAAGUCACUGAGCAGUGGAAAGCCUACGAUGACAUUUACCGUGGGCGCACCAACAGCACAGAGGUGCCGCUGGUCCUCUACUUGUUCCUGCUCAUCUCUCUGGUCUGGCUGUGGGCAGGGCUCCACAUGGGAUACAGAGACCUGUGGAUGCUCAUCCUCUACGUCAUCUUUAAUUGCCUGCUGGGCUUGUAUGUGUUCGUAGUCUACUUUAUCAUGCACAACCAGGUGUGCUGGCCGACUAAAGCCAGUUACACAGUUGAGAUGAGUGGCCCCGACAGUCCGGACUCUACCUACCCAGGCGGAGGACCUGCCACCGUAGGGGGCGAUAUCAGUAAAUCAACUCAGAACCUCAUCAGCGCCAUGGAGGAGGUAUCAGCAGACUGGGAGCGUGCGUCGCUGCGGCCCAGCAGUCAGCCGAGCAGUAUCUAUAAACCCAGCCCUGUGAUGGGAACCUACACCACAGAGGGAGGCUUCAUCAACACCAACCUGGUCACUGCAGACGAGGAGUCGCAGGAGUUUGACGACCUCAUAUUUGCCUUAAAGACUGGGACUGGCCUUAACGUCAGCGACAACGAGUCCAUCCCUGGGAGCCACGAUGGAGGAAGCGUAACCAACUCCCAAAUCGUGGAACUGAGACGAAUCCCGAUCGCCGACACACACCUCUAACCUGAUCCCACGUCCUUUUUUCCUCAUAUCACAGAGAAAUUACAACACAGUAUUUUUAUAUAUUAUAAAAUGCUUUUGCACUAAAACCCAGUUUUCUGAAUAGGACGUUUUCAUAUAGAUGUUUGAUAUGAUUUUUACUGUACAUCUGAACCUAUACAUAAAUGUUUUACUAAAUUAAUUUUUAAAUGACCUUGAGGGAGUUGUUUUUUUUAUGUAUAUUUUGUUUUGGGGUCUUUUUUUCUAUAGAGACUUAGCAAAUGAGGUAUCCUGAUGUGCCCUCAGCACAACUGCUGCUGGAGAUGGAGAUUGUGUAACAUUGUUAAUAAAUAAUUUACCAUGUAUUUUA